AUCUGAGAAACGUUAUAAAGAGAGAUUCACAGAAUGAGGCUUGUACUCAUCACCCUUUUCCCUUUGUUAUCCACUGCAAGGGGUUCUUGUAAUAGUAACUCAAAUUAGUCUUUGAGCUUAGCCUUUUCUCUCUCUAAUGGCUUCUGCUACUUUAACGAGCUCCUUGAAGAAAAGAUUCACAGUAUGCAAACAAUUCAUGCUGAGGAGAUUAGUCUCCACUCAACCUCUUGUUGAUUCUCCAUCUUUUGCUCAGAGACUCAGAGAUUUGCCCAAGGAUCUUCCUGGAACCAACGUCAAGAAAGAUGCUUCUCAACUCAUUGGGAGAACUCCCCUUGUAUUUCUUAAUAAAGUCAGUGAAGGAUGUGGAGCUUAUAUUGCUGCCAAACAAGAGAUGUUCCAGCCUACUUCUAGUGUUAAAGACAGACCGGCAUUAUCCAUGAUUGAAGACGCGGAGAAGAAAAACUUAAUAUUUCCGGGCAAGACAACCCUGAUAGAGCCCACUUCGGGGAACAUGGGAAUAAGUAUGGCAUUUAUUGCAGCCAUGAAAGGAUAUAAGAUGGUUCUGACCAUGCCUUCUUACACAAGCUUGGAGAGAAGGGUGACUAUGAGAGCAUUUGGAGCUGAAUUAAUCCUCACUGAUCCCGCUAAGGGGAUGGGAGGAACGGUUAAGAAGGCACAACAGCUUUUGGAAUCUACACCAAAUGCUUUCAUGCUGCAACAAUUCUCAAAUCCUGCCAAUACUAAGGUGCAUUUUGAAACCACCGGUCCUGAAAUAUGGGAGGAUACUCAGGGAAAAGUAGACAUCUUUGUUAUGGGAAUUGGCAGUGGAGGAACUGUCUCUGGCGUUGGGCAGUAUCUUAAAUCUCAAAAUCCUAAUGUUAAGAUUUAUGGAGUGGAGCCAGCUGAAAGUAAUGUACUGAAUGGUGGUAAACCAGGUCCUCAUCUUAUUACUGGCAAUGGGGUAGGAUUCAAACCAGAUAUUUUGGACAUGGAUAUAAUGGAAGAAGUUCUUGAGGUUAGCAGUGAAGAUUCAGUAAAAAUGGCUAGGGAGUUGGCCGUGAAAGAGGGGCUUAUGGUUGGGAUAUCUUCAGGUGCAAAUACAGUUGCAGCACUAAGACUCGCUCAAAUGCCCGAGAACAGAGGCAAACUUAUUGUCACUGUUCAUGCGAGCUUUGGGGAGCGGUACUUGUCAUCUGCUCUGUUUGAAGAUCUGAGGAAAGAGGCUGAGAACAUGCAGCCAGUUCCAGUUGACUAAUGCUAGUACCGUGCUGGCCAGCCAAAAACUCAAAAUUCUAUUGCAAAUUUCUUGUAUUAAUGCUCUUGUUGAACCCUAUUUGUCUGAGAUAUGAUGUGUUCUUAAAUUUAGGUGCAGAAUAUAAUAAGUUUUAAUUGCUCUUGGUCAAUUUUUCCCUGAA